AUGGCUAACAAUCGCAGAUUCGAAGAUACAGGUCCUGCCUUCGGAAUUCGUCAUAUUCAGGUCGUGUUACUCUUCUUCGCCUUAGUUAGUAACUAUCUUGUUAGACAGAAUGCUUCCGUUUCAGUGGUUGCCAUGACCGACGCCAACUCCACAAACCCUGACUUCCCGGAAUUCGAUUGGAACGAAACGAAAAAAUCCUACAUUCUUAGCAGUUUCUACUGGGGCUACAGUUUAACACAAGUUCUAGCUGGCUACGUUUGUCGCCAGUUUGGAUCCAAACCCUCCCUCUUGAUUGCUACUUUUGGAUCAGCCUCACUCAGUUUAAUAACUCCAGCGUCUGUAGGUCUUGGUGGAUGGCAAGUCUAUUGUGGAAUUAGAGCCAUUCAAGGACUUUUUCAAGGUUUACUUAUUCCAACAAUUCACGAUCACUUAGCAAAGUGGUCACCAGUUCGAGAACGAACUCGAUUAGGAGCUUUGGCUCUAACAGGAAUGGAAACGGGCAAUCUUCUCGGAAUGGCUGUACCGGGUCUUAUUGCCCAUUCACAUUGGGGUUGGCCGGGUAUAUCAUAUUUUGCAGCAGGUUGUGCACUUUUUUGGUGCACUUUGUGGAUUGUAUUUGCAGAUAGUAAUCCAGUUGCAUCGAGAUUCAUAAGUUCCGAAGAGAAAUCGUACAUUUUAGCGUCACAAUGCAAAGAUGACAAAAAGCAGAAAAAGAUUCCAAUACCUUGGAAGGCAAUUCUUACUUCUGUACCAUUUGGAUCUUUGGUGAUUGUUCGGUUAGCUUCGAUAUGGGGUAUGGCAACCCUGCAAACUCAAAUCCCAACCUAUUUACAUGGUGUUCUUGAAAUGGAUAUUAAAAGCAAUUCGUUUUUUUCGGCACUUCCUUAUGUCGUGAUGCUUUGCAUGACUUAUGUGUACCUUAUUUCUGCUGAUACUUUGCUGAAGAAGAACAUAUUUUCGCUGAGUGUGGUUAAGAAAACUAUCAACUCGAUUGCAAUGUGGGUUCCUGCGGUAACUCUAGUUGGACUGGGACUGGUAGAUAAGACUCAAAACACGUUAGCUAUAGUUUUGAUAACAAUCACAGUUGGUGUGAGUGGUGGGGUCUCAAUUGGUAGUGGACUUAAUGCAAUCGAUUUGUCAUCAAACCAUGCAGCAGUUUUAAUGGGAAUAUUGAACACUUUGACAAGUGUACCCUCGAUGAUGGGGCCUUUAUUUGUUGGAGUGAUUGUGGAUGAUGAGACCAAUCGAUCACAAUGGCAAAUUGUAUUUUGGACCUCAGCAUUGUUGUACUUUUUGGGAAACCUACAAUUCAUUAUAUUCAGUUCGACAGAAAAUCAACCAUGGAAUGAUGAGAAGUAUAUGCUUGUUAAUCAAGAUGAUAAAUAUGUUCGAAAAUCUUCAACCAAAUUGACACCACUUCCCAAAAUUAGCGAAGAAGACAUUUAG